CUUUUCCGUGUUUACAUCCCAAUCCUCCACCGCAACACAGCAAAAUUUCUAGCCUGGUGACUCGCAAACCGCAAGGGAAAAAUCAUCAAAUGUCUCAAUGUGCCCUCCCACUCAGGCAAACUCUGCGCAUAACAGCCCCUUACCGAGCAAGUCGGAUAAUUUUCCGCCGCAGCAUCUCGGUAUCAUCAACACCACAGCACCGAACUUACCAACUAUAUAACAAAUCCAAGACGCAGCACAGCAACAACAUCCAAAUCAAUCAAUUCCUCCAAAGCAACAUUCGAACUCGUCAAUUGACCACCACACUACCCACAAUGUCUUCCGCACCUACUCCCCAAGACCAGGCAGAUUCCAAGGACUGGUCCGCAUCCCAAUACCUAAAAUUCAACAACGAGCGCACCCGCCCCGUCUACGACCUCAUCACCCAAAUCCUCCCCCACAUUUCUUCCCCCUCCCCCCGCAUCUACGACCUAGGCUGCGGCCCCGGCAACAGCACCCGCGUGCUCACGACCUCCUUCCCCAGCGCCCACGUGACGGGCAUGGACUCCUCCCCCGACAUGCUACGCCGGGCCAGCGACGAAUUCCGCUCCGACUCGGCAAACGUCGAUUUCGUCGCCGGCGACAUUGCAAACUUUGAAGUCGAGCAAGGCACGGAUCUCGUCUUCAGCAACGCAGUCUUCCACUGGCUCCGCUCCGCAGACCGCAUCCCAGCCCUCCAGCGCCUCUUCGCCUCCCUCAAACCCGGCGCCGUACUCGCAUUCCAGAUGCCGGAUAACUACCACGAGCCCUCGCACGCCCUCAUGCGCCUAGUCGCCACUCUGCCCUCGCAACCCUGGUCCCGUUACUUUGCAGACGCCCACGUGGGCGAGUUGAAAGAUACCCAGCGCCCGGAUCUCGAUCCCAUCGAGCCCACGCCCCACUUCUACAAUGCCUUUGUCCAACAUGCCAGUUUGGUUAACAUCUGGCGCACCAAUUAUCACCAUGUACUGAGUGAUGCCCCUGCGAUUGUCGAGUGGGUCAAGGGAACCGGCUUGUUGCCGUAUUUGAAUCGCAUCGAGGAUGACGCCGCGAAAGCCGCGUUCUUGAGGGAAUACGAGAGCAAGCUGCAAGAGGCGUAUCCGACGUUGGCGGAUGGGAAAGUCAUACUGGUCUAUCCCCGCUUCUUUGUUCUUGUUGUGCGCAAGUAAGAAAAACAAUCAGUGUGUGUGUGUGUGUGUGUGUGUGUGUGUGUGUGUGUACGUAUUAUAAUUAUAGUCAUCAAGUAGAAAUCUUAUUACAUUACUACUAGUUUCUCAGGAAACGGAU